UUACUGGCCAAUCAGAGCCUCUAGGCGGACCUGCCAGUCAGAGGGGAAGGCGGGUUUUUCCGGGUACCUUGGGCCGGCUUCACUUAGUAGCUGAGCAGGCUUGAAUGGUCCCUUAUGCUGUGCUCUCUGUCCUGCCGCUGGAUGCUGGGGAGGGUGCUCAGGCAAACUUGGAAGUUGUGACAUGGCAUGAAAGAAGUCAUACUGGAGAGAAACCCUUCGAAGGUAUUCAAUAUGGUGAAGCCUUUGUUCAUCACAGUAGUCUACAAAUGCGUAAAAUAGUACAUACUGGAGAGAAACGCUACAAAUGCAAUCAAUGUGAUAAAGCCUAUUCACGACACAGCAUUCUACAAAUACAUAAAAGAACACAUAGUGGAGAGAAACCCUAUGAAUGUAAUCAAUGUGAUAAAGCCUAUUCACGACACAGCAUUCUACAAAUACAUAAAAGAACACAUAGUGGAGAGAAACCCUAUGAAUGUAAUCAAUGUGGUAAAGCCUUUGCACGACACAGUCAUCUCAAAAUACAUAUGGUUACACAUACUGGAGAGAAACCUUACAAAUGUGAUCAAUGUGGUAAAGCCUUUGCAUUCCAUAGUACCCUCCAAGUACAUAAAAGAACGCAUACUGGAGAGAAACCGUAUGAAUGUAAUCAGUGUAGUAAAGCCUUUGCACAUCAUUGUCAUCUCCGAGUACAUAAAAGAAUACACACUGGAGAGAAACCUUACAAAUGUGAUCAAUGUGGUAAAGCCUUUGUAGGUCAGAAUGAUCUUAAGAGACAUGAAAGAGUUCAUACUGGAGAGAAACCUUACAAAUGCAAUGAAUGCGGUAAAGCCUUUGUAUGUAAUGCCAGUCUCCGUACACAUAAAACAACACAUACUGGAGUGAAACCUUAUGAAUGUAAGCAGUGUACUAAAUCCUUUGCCUCUCAUGGUCAACUUCAAAAACAUGAAAGAAUUCAUACUGGAGAGAAACCUUACAAAUGUGAUCAGUGUGGUAAAGCCUUUGCCUCUCAUGAUAAACUUCAAAAACAUGAAAGAAUUCAUACUGGCGAGAAACCUUACAAAUGUAAGCAAUGUACUAAAUCCUUUGCCUCUCAUGAUAAACUUCAAAAACAUGAAAGAAUUCAUACUGGAGAGAAACCUUAUGAAUGUAAACAAUGUACUAAAUCCUUUGCCUCUCAUAAUAAACUUCAAAAACAUGAAAGAAUUCAUACUGGAGAGAAACCUUACAAGUGUGAUCAAUGUAGUAAAGCCUUUGUAUAUGAAAAUUAUUUACAAGUUCAUAAAAAAACACAUACUGGAGAGAAACAUUACAAAUGUAAUGAAUGUGGUAAAGCUUUUGCACGACACAGUCAUCUCAAAGUGCAUAAAAUAACACAUACUGGAGAGAAACCUUACAAAUGUAAUCAAUGUGGUAAAGCCCUUGCAUAUCAUAGUACACUCCAAGUACAUCAAAGAACACAUACUGGAGAGAAACCCUAUGAAUGUGAGCAAUGUGGCAAAGCCUUUGCAAAUCAAAGUUAUUUCCAAGUACAUAAAAGAAUACAUACUGGAGAGAAACCCUACAAAUGUGAUCAAUGUGGUAAAGCCUUUGUAGGUUCAAGUGAUCUUAGAAAACAUGAAAGAGUUCAUACUGGGAGAGAAACCUUACAAAUGUGAUCAAUGUGGUAAAGCCUUUUUAUACCAUUGUCAUCCUCGAAUGCAUAAAAGAACGCAUACUAAAGAGUAACCCUAUGAAUAUAACCAAUGUGGUAAAGCCUUUACAGUGAUCUUGAAAGGUGUGGUGGACUAAAUAUACUUGGCCCAUGACAAGUGGCAGUAGUAGGGAGUGUGGCCUUUCUGGCAUAGAUGUGGUGUUUGAGAAAGUCUGUCACUAUAUGCUUGGACCUUGAGAUCCACACAGGGCAGAAGAGUCUUCUGGCUUCUGAUCAAGAUGUAGAACUCUUGUCUCCUCCAGCACCAUGUCUGCUUGGACACUGCCAUUCUUUUCGCCUUGAUGAUAAUAGACUGAACCUCUGAAUCUGCACCCAAUUAAAUGUUCUUUAUAAGAGUUGCCUUGGUCAUGCUAUCUUUUCACAGCAAUAAAACCCAAAUUAAGACAGACAGCAUAAAAGAUAACACACUGGGGCUGGUGAGAUGACUCAGCAGGUAAGAGCACUGACUGUUUUACAGAAGGUUCUGAGUUCAAAUCCCAGCAACCACAUGGUGGCUUACAACCACCCGUAAUGAGAUCUGACACCCUCUUCUGGUGUGUCUGAAGAUACCUAUGGUAUGUACUUAUGAAUAAUAAUAAAUAAAUCUUAAAAACAAAAAAAAAAAUGAUACCGCACUGGAGAGAAACUGACAAGUAGAUAGUUCUCUGCAUGUUUGAUAAGUAACAUGUUUUAAAUAGUCUCUUUUUCCUUCUCCUCUUCUAUUUAUCCUCAUCUAUAGUCUACAUCUCCUUUUCCUUUGCAUUUUUCCCCCAUGAGGACAGUGAUGUAUUAAGAUAGAAUCUCACAUAUAGUCCUGAGUAGUCUUGAAUUAAAAAUCCUCCUACCUCCACCUCUUGAAGGCUCAGAUUAAACUUGUAUAUGUCAUGCUUAGGUUUUUCAAACAGAAAUCCAUGGAUGUGGAACCCUGAGCUAGAAAAUAACUGUCUAAUCUUGGGGAAUUGCCAAGGUGAUGACAAUGUUGAGGAGUAGACCUAGAGAGUACAGCCAUGCCCUCACUUCUGUUAGCUCCUGGAAGUCCACUACUAUAGGGACAAGGAGUAAGCCUAGGCAUUAGUUACAAAGCAGCCUGUUUCACUUGAGACAAUUAAGAGGCACCAGAAUGACCAAGAGGGACUAGAGCUUAAAGCACAAUAAAGGCCUUCUCAAGCCAGACAAGGACUCCAGGAGAUGCUCUAACAGAUUCAAUGAUCGUUUGCCAGCGAGGACCAACUGCAUUGUAUUAGGAGGUGUAAGAGAGGGUUCCAAGAUGCUUCCUACUAGCUUCACAUAGUGUUUAUUUUAUUUAAACACUAGUGUUUAUUUAAACCCAGACACUCAUUUAAUAGAAUACACUUACCUUUAACAUUCAUGUGACGUACUUUCUGGGCCAUCAUCCAUGUCCAAAGAGCAUCAGAACAUGGUAUCUGCUGUUGAUACCUUGAAGCAAUUCCAGAAAGAUCACUGUAUGUGACUAUUUUGAAAUGUUUAAUUCCAAGCUUCGUCACAAUUUGGAAGGUUCAUAGGAAGAACACAUAAUGACCAGAGUGCCUUUAGCUAUGUUAGUGAUGGGCAGGGAAAGAAAAGUCUUGUGGGUUUUCAUUAAAGGUUUCCCUCCUGUGUUUACAUCAUGCAAAGCAUGAACCAUGAUUGGUCUCUGAGGUCUUGCACUGUUUCUCCUUGGUAAUGUUGCCUGGUGAGCAGGUAAUGAAUUCUGGUCUUCAAUGCACAUGCAGAGAUCAAGAUUUCCUAAUUAUUCAAUGUGUUUUCUUAGAGUCAACAUUGUAUUGAAUAUGUAAAACAUCUAAACUGAUAUCUAGUGUAAGGAGGUUGAAUCUGGGUUCUGUCUGUGCUGUUACGUUCUACAUGCAGUGAGUGUAGUUUAACUCCACUACAUUGUUGUGGCUGCUCACUAUCACUUAUUGACCAUCUAACUCCAAGGAAGCACAUUAUACAUUGAAACUACUUUUUCAUUAUGUUAUUUCAUGAAAUGUGCACUAGCAAACAUUAAAUUAAAAAGUGUUAUUUCUCUGGA